CAAAAUAAGGCGAAGGGAGCAGAGCAGUUUCCGACUUUCCGUUAUCCGUUUAACUUUUCCAGCUUCUUCUUCCUUCUUCUCCAAACCACAAAAAAAAAAAGGGUUUCUGAAUCCGACAAAAAAUCUCGAAGCUUUUUUCAAAUCCGAUUAUUUCAGCCAUGGUUUCUGAUUCGAUCACCAACGCCUCCAUUCCUUCCGCCCCAACUAUCAACAACAAAACCGCCGCCCGGGAUUUGGGCAAGAAGAAGAGGGCCAGGUCAGCCAAAUUGAAGCAGUGCAAGCUCGACGUUCGCCGUGAGCAGUGGCUCUCUUCAGGUGCGGUGAAGAACAAGGACGGCAGGGAGGAGCAGCACGGCGGCGUUCAGGGCCGCCGAGAGCGUAGUAGCCCUCGGUCCUUGGAGGAAAUGGGGCCGGGCGAAGGAGAGAGCGUCGGAUCGAACCACCAGCACCACCACCACCAUGACAGCGAAUUGGACUCGAACAGUCCGUCGAGCUUCAACAGUAGUGUGCUGGGCGGCCAUGAUUCGGAGACUUUCACCGGGUCCAGCAGCAGCAGUAGCAGCAGCGGUGAUUGUUUCUCUGGGAAUAUUACGGAGGAGGAUGAGGAUGAUGGCUGCCUGGAUGAUUGGGAGGCCGUGGCGGACGCGUUGGCGGCCGAUGAGAAGCCGAAGAAUCAGCCCUUGGAGCCGCCCCAGGAGCAUGAGGCGGUUGCGAAAGUGGUUCCUGCUCGUCAGGUGGUAGAGAAUUCGAAGCCUCAGUGUGAGAGAGCUAUGCCGAAAGCUUGGAGGCCGGAUGAUGCGUAUCGCCCCCAGAGUCUGCCUAAUUUGGCUAAGCAGAUCGGCUUGCCGAAUUCCAGCAGGAAAGGAUUUGGUGGUGGUAAUCCGUGGGCCUGUAACAGUGUGGUGUCUCCGCCGUCCUCGUGUCCUAUAUGCUAUGAAGAUUUGGAUUUGACAGACACCAGCUUUUUGCCGUGCUUGUGUGGAUUCAGGCUGUGUCUUUUUUGCCACAAGAGGAUUCUUGAGGGGGAUGGUCGCUGUCCCGGCUGCAGGAAGCCUUAUGAGAGUAUCCAUGGAGGUAGUCUUACAUUCCGGUUGCCUCACUCGUGUAGCAUGAUCACAGGGUCUUAAGGAACUGCUGCUCGCGAGAUAUGUAUGCUGGUCUCUAAUUUCUUUUCAUGGGACUUUAGUAUUUGGUUUUAUUAGUUAGAUGUGGGUAAUAGGGUUUUGAGCGCCCGGGAAUUGACCUGCUUCUAUUAUGAGUUGGUUCUUAUGUGCUGAAUGUAGAGGACUCAGUGUUCGUAUGUGAAUAGAUAAGGCGGUAUAGAAAUUCAAUACAUGAAACAGACAUACAGUAUCCUAUGGUAUUACUUUUUAAUUUGCUUAUUUUUUCAUGCUUUUAUGUUU